AUGGCUUCAUCACUCGCUUCCUCUGUGUCUUCCCUCCAGUCGUCACUACAAUUACUUGAUAAUUCCAUCUCCACCCUCGAUGAGGGCGUUAGUGAUUUCCCCCGCCUUUGCAGGGUCCUUCAAACCACGCGGCAUUUUGAGCUUCUACCCGAACCUACCCUACGAGAAGCACAGCAAUCUCUUUCAGACGAAAUCUCACCCAGCAUCGCCCACUUACUCUCCCUCGCAUCGAACCACGUCGAAAAGCUAGCCCGCCGUGAGCAAGGCCUGAAAGCUAAGUGUGAACUUCAGGAAGGGCGCAUGUCUUCACAACCGGAAAACCGAUCUUCAGCUUCGCGCGCCCAGGCACAGAGCGCUUCGAUGCGGGGUCAACUGGCGGGAUCAACAAGCAAUGCAGCCUCCAAGGCUGCGGAGCUACGUCGAUUGAUCCAGAAGAAGGAGCGCCUCAAGUAUGCUGUUGAAAGACUGGAGUUGCAAAGUACUCAGCGUCAGCGACAAUUGAGAAAGAGCAUGGCUGCACAGUGA